AUGGUUCCCCUCUUAGCCUUAUGGUUGUUACAUGAGGUGACGGUCACGGUGGCUACAAGUGGCGGUUCGGGAUGGCGUGAAGCCUGUCCGGGGGUGAGUGACUGGCUAGGACCUAGAUUUGCGGCUGAGAGAGUGCGGAGAGUGAAGGUUGGAAUGAAGGGGGCGCAAG